AUGAAGGUAAAGGGCCUCAUGCAUAAUCAACAAGUAAUCGUUCUUAUAGAUACUGGUGCUACCCACAAUUUCAUAUGCAAUAAGCUGCAUGGAGAGCUAUCUUUACCUAUCAGCGAAUUCCACAGUUAUGGUAUUGUGAUGAGCAAUGGGCAUAUCGUGCAAGGUCAUGGGAUAUGCCAUAAUAUUUCUCUCAAAAUCCAAGAUCUCCUCAUUAUUCAAGAUUUCCUUCGCUUGGAUUUAAGUAGCACAGAUGUUACAUUGGGAAUGCAAUGGCUUAAAACACACAUUCACACUAUGGGCAACUAAUCAUGAAGUUUAUGCUCAACAACACAAUCUACACCAUUCGUGGGGAUGCAAGUUUAAACAAAACAGCAAUAUCUUUCAAAACAGCAGAACGUGAAUUAAAAAGAAGCCACACUGAGUUUUAGCUCAGUGUCUAGCACGGCACUGAGUUUUAGCUUCUCAUUGGAACAGUCAGAGAUAGCAGGCAGACUGCAGAAACGAUUCCCACAAGUCUUUGAAGCCUUGUCAAGGCUUCCUCCAAGAAGAACUGUUGAUCAUGCCAUCAAUUUAUUACCAUGUACUCAGCCUAUUAAUCUACGUCCAUACAGGUACACAAUUUUAAAAGGAUGAAAUAGAACGGCUUGUCCAUGAGCUAUGUAUUGCAGGCAUCAUUCAACCCUCUUUUGCUAGCCCCAUACUACUUGUAAAAAACAAAGAUGGCAGUUGGCGAUUUUGUAUUGAUUACGAGGCCUUAAAUAAAUCCACAGUUCCAAACAGGUUCCCUAUUCCUAUUGUCGAUGAGUUGCUGGAAGAGCUGCAUGGAAUGUUUGUUUUUUCUAAACUAGAUUUAAAGUCUGGUUACUAUCAAAUCCGUAUGAAACAAGAAAACAUUCAGAAAACUGAUUUCAAGACUCGUGAAGGUCACUAUGAAUUCAAGGUUAUGUCAUUUGAGCUCUCUAAUGCCCCAGCUACAUUUCAAUACUUAAUGAAUGAUAUAUUCAGACUUUAUCUAUGAAAAUUCAUAUUGGUAUUUUUUGAUGAUAUACUAGUAUACAACAAAACUCAAAAAGAACAUGAUGAACAUUUGGAUAAUGUCUUCCUUAUUCUUGCAGCUAAUAGCCUUUAUGUCAAUGAAAUAAAAUGUCAAUUCAAGCAAUCUCAAUUGGAAUACCUCGGGCAUUGGGUUUCUGCAGGAAUAUUUACAGAUCAAGGAAAAAUUUCAGCAAUAUGA